CCCGAUUCCCGGGGCACAUCAGGGACUUUAGCCUUCAAAGCGGGUGAUGCAAGGCAUCAGGCCUCCCAUAAUGAAUGGCCCCAUGCACCCUCGUCCUCUGGUGGCCCUGCUAGAUGGACGGGACUGUACGGUGGAGAUGCCCAUCUUGAAGGACGUGGCCACUGUGGCGUUCUGCGAUGCCCAGUCCACUCAGGAGAUCCAUGAGAAGGUAUUAAAUGAAGCAGUGGGUGCUCUCAUGUACCACACAAUCACCCUUAUGAGGGAGGACCUGGAAAAGUUCAAAGCACUUCGUAUAAUUGUCCGCAUUGGGAGCGGCUUUGAUAAUAUCGACAUAAAGUCUGCUGGAGACUUAGGUAUUGCCGUCUGCAACAUGCCAGCAGCAUCAGUAGAAGAGACUGCAGACUCCACCAUGUGUCACAUCCUAAAUCUCUACCGACGCACCACCUGGUUGCACCAGGCUCUCCGGGAAGGCACGCGAGUCCAGAGUGUGGAACAGAUUCGGGAGGUCGCAUCUGGAGCAGCCCGAAUCAGAGGAGAGACACUGGGAAUCAUUGGACUGGGGCGUGUUGGACAGGCGGUGGCGCUGAGGGCAAAAGCGUUCGGCUUCAGUGUGAUCUUCUAUGACCCGUACCUGUCUGACGGGAUGGAGCGAGCCCUGGGGCUGCAGAGAGUCAACACCCUACAGGACCUGCUCUUCCACAGCGACUGCGUCACUUUACACUGCAGUCUGAAUGAGCACAACCACCAUCUGAUCAAUGACUUCACCAUCAAACAGAUGCGUCAAGGCGCCUUCCUAGUGAACACUGCGCGUGGUGGUCUUGUGGAUGAGAAAGCUCUGGCUCAGGCUCUGAAAGAGGGCAGAAUACGAGGAGCAGCACUGGACGUCCACGAGACAGAGCCCUUCAGUUUUAGUCAAGGACCCCUUAAAGACGCCCCCAACCUUAUCUGCACCCCUCAUGCGGCGUGGUACAGUGAACAGGCCUCGAUUGAGAUGCGGGAGGAGGCGGCACGGGAGAUCCGACGAGCUAUUACUGGUCGCAUUCCAGACAGUCUGAAGAACUGCGUGAACAAAGAGUUCCUCACACAGACCACGCAUUGGGCCGGCAUGGACCCUGCAGUUGUUCAUCCAGAGCUCAAUGGAGCCUACAGGUACCCUCCAGGCGUAGUGAGCCACGCUUCAGGGGGUCUACCUCCACCAGUGGAGGGCAUCAUGCCAAGUGCAGUGCCAAUAACUCACAGCCUGCCUACUGUAGCCCACCCCCCACACGCCCCUUCACCCGGACAAACCGGAAAACCUGAACCUGAUAGAGAGCAGCACCCCAACGAACAGUUGUAGCCCCCCUCAUCUUCAAACGUACCACUAUAAAACUCUCCUGGUCCUUCUUAACCCCAAAGAAGAGGAGCGGAAACAGGCUCCCGGGCUCAGAACCAGCCACAAAAAACAACCACGACUAGCCAAACUCUGACUGAACGGGUGGACUGCGCUCUUUGAAGUAUCUAAUGGGGAAUAAAGCAACAACAAAAACAAAAGAGAGAGAAAAUCAUGUGGAUUUUAAACUCCCUGAUGCAAAAUCCUGCUGUUUUAGAUUGUAGUCUGUCCAAGUGCAGUGGGCGAUCUUUUAUCUGUUAUUUUGUCUGUCUAAUGGGUUUCAUUGUUAAAACAACUGUAGCUAUUACAUGAAUGUAACCUGUUUGUGUACAGUUUUUAGGAUAUGAUCAAUGGUUUGUAGAUGAGAAAUAAAAAAACCCGAAACAGCAUUAAGGGAGGCAUCUUACCACCUGAUUAUAGAUAUGAUGAAAAGCAUAUUAGUUCAGCUCGUUUGUUUUUCAAAAGCCCCGAAAGAGGCGGGAUUUGCACACCCUCUCAGGAAAAUUUAUUUCCCCCCUUCCUACAUUUCUUCCUUUUAAAUUAAACCACAUAGUGCAUUGUUUUUUUUACCCAUUUGUCUUUUAUAGUCAGUACAGUACCUUAAAGAACUACAGUCAGUAUGGUUUUAUUUUCGGAGCAUGUAUUACCUUAUGUGUUAAAAAAAGAAAACAGAAAAAAAAACAUUUUUUUUUUUACACGAAAAUUUCACCGAAAAAAAAAUUUGACGGCAACAAACAAAACAAAACAAAAAAACACAACAAAAACAAAUUUGUCUUGUGCAAAGCUGUUAUGCUUGCCUGUUUGUGUGUGACUUGAUUGUACCGUGUGUUUUCGAGGAUGCCGGGAUAGUUGCAGCUCUCCAUCGCCUACAUAGUUUCCUUCCUGGUAAAGUGGUAGGCUAGCAAUAUACAUACUAUAUAUACUAUGAGAUAUUAAUAUUUUUUGUUAAACAGAAUCCAAAAAGAAAUGUUUGUGACUGUAUGCAUUUGUAUGAAUUAUUUUAAAUGAAAUAAAAGUCUGAGUUAAAUGACAA